CCGUUAGUAUAUGCGUCUUCUCUCAAUUAAGAAUUGCCGACUCUUACUAUUUCCCUCGAAAUGUUCUAAGUAAGAAGCGUGACAACCAGAGAGAUUGCACAGCAGCCUUCAAGACCCAUCCGCUGGAUCCGCCGACAGAUGAGUCCAAAAUCCAUGUCUGCAGUCGACAUUUUUCUUCGAGGAAUCUGAUGUUUCGCUGCUACAAUUCCAGGGAUUCGACCGUCAAUUUCCGUGCUUUAUCACGUGGACUGUUACGGAAGACUUUAAAAUUGCAGCAACAAUCUUUCCGAACAUUCCAACAAUAUUUAAGCGCCCGUACACCGUAUGUAACAAACUGGUCGCUAUUUACAAUGAAACCCUGCUUAAGAAUUAUCAAGCCAUGCCCAGAGUGUAUAUCAUCACAUUAUACAACGGAUCUAGAAAAAGACUUCGAAACUCUCAAAACCAUACUCGAAGUGAUUGGAAGUGUCUUAGCAGAAGACGAAGCAAAGCAGUCAUCGAAAAUUAGACACUCUUUGAAAUCCCUCCGCCGAUUUACAAAGCAGCUAUUGUGUGAAAUACAUACGUUUCUUCUGAUGUCUGGAAAACACGGCAUCGGAGAUGGUUUCGUAAAUGACAUAGUUCAGUCUCGGGAUUGGUGUGUUUUUAAAUCGCUCUCUGCAAGGUACGAAAGAGACGUUUUUGUUUUACGCCAAAUUGCCUCCAUUUCGUCGGAAAUCUAUAACAGAUAUAAGAAGAUAUUCCUAUAGGUGUUCUGUGUUAGUGACGUAACACAUCAAGGACAGCGACAGAUUGUGGGAAAUUGUGAAAAUCAAAACUAUAAUGAAAAGUAUCCUGAUUACUAAGAUGCCUAUUGAAAUAUGUGUUCAUGCAAAUGUAAUCAUAGUUUUAUCAAUAAAUAUUUCACUCCAAA